AUGAUGUUACCAGAAGCAUGUGUAGCCAAUAUUCUUGCCUUCACUUCUCCAGCAGAUGCAUUAUCAUCGUCGGAAGUGUCUUCGGUUUUCCGGUUAGCCGGAGACUCGGAUUUUGUAUGGGAGAAAUUUCUACCUUCUGACUACAAAAGCAUAAUCUCUCAAUCUACUGAUCAUCAUCAAAGUUUUUUGUCCAAAAAGGAGAUUUAUCGAUGUUUUUGCGAUUCCAUCCUCAUAGAUAAUGCCCGAAAGCUGUUCAAGAUCAAUAAAUUUUCCGGGAAAAUUUCAUACAUUUUAUCAGCAAGAGCUAUUUCCAUAACUCAUAGUGACCAUGCAUCUUACUGGUCUUGGAGCAAUGUCUCAGAUUCUAGAUUUCCGGAGUCAGCUGAACUUAAAGCAACUGAUAGAUUAGAAAUUAAGGGUAAAAUCCAAACCGAAGUGUUAUCACCAAACACAAGAUAUGUAGCUUAUCUCAUUAUGAAAGUAACUAAAACCGCUUAUGGACUAGACUUAGUUCCAGCUGAGACUUCAGUAAAUUCUAAGAAUGGUCAAAUUAGUAAGAGUGCAACUUAUCUAAGUUGCUUGGAUGAGAAGAAACAACAAAUGAAGCGGCUCUUUUACGGAAACCGAGAAGAGCGAAUGGCGACAACCGUGGAGGCGGUUGGCGGGGACGGGAAAAGAAGAGAGCCGAAAAGUAGAGACGACGGAUGGAUGGAGAUUGAGUUAGGAGAGUUUGAGACAAGAGAAGGAGAAGAUGAUGAGAUUAUUAUGAGUCUCACUGAGGUUAAAGGAUAUCAACUAAAAAGUGGCAUUGUGAUUGAUGGUAUUGAAGUGCGGCCUAAAUCCAUAUGAAUUAGGAUGCUAAAAGCACUGAAGGAUCGAAUAGCAUCUUUUGCCAGCGCAUCAGCACGGCGAUUACAAUCACGGGGAAUAAAGAUAAAAGAGCAGGAAUUAAAGCUAGAAGAUAGUAGAAGGAUAUCGUGUAGAAUCCCAUGGAGCUCCAUCGAAGGAGACGCCAGAUUGAGGGCUUUGACUAGUGAUAACGAGUCAGAAGCGAAAACGACAUUGGAUAGAUCCGAAGCAGUUGCAACUCUAAUCGCUGCCAGAGUUGCCAUGGCUUCGGCCAUCAAUGGGGAUCGGACAUGA